AUGGCGAGUGUAGCCACGAUAGAAGGCCCUUCGCCCAAGCAAGAGGCGCCUCCCGUAUUGCCCGAUCAGCAAACAUCGCAAGGUCAACCGCCUCCCGCAGCCUCGGCACCAGCAGUGGAAUCUCUCCACCUUGAAUCCAACCCGGACACAGAACCCAACUACCCUACGGGAUCGGAGUUCUGGUUCACCAUCCUCGCCACCUGCGUGAUCCUCAUUCUCGGCGGCCUCGACGCCAACAUUGUCGCGACCGCCGUGCCGAGCAUCACCGACCACUUCCAUACGGUUGCCGAUGUCGGCUGGUACUCGUCCGCCUUUCGACUCUGCACAUGCGCGUUCCAAUUCGGGUUCGCGAAGCUGUACCAGCUUUUUUCCAUCAAAGCUGUCUUUCUGAUGAGUGUGGGAAUCUUCCUGGUUGGCUCGUUGCUCUGUGCCACGGCGGCUUCGUCGAUGAUGUUUGUCCUAGGGAGAGCAGUCACAGGCCUCGGAUUCGCCGGGAAUUUGGCCGGGUGUUUCGCCGUAGCUGUGCGGAUUCUGCCGCUUCAGAAGCGACCAGCGAUCAACCUUCCCAUUGGCGCUGUAUCUUUGGCGGCCAUGUUCUUCCUCUUGUCAGACCCAACAGCCCGUCAGGAAGACGACCUCACCCUAGCUCAAAAGAUUCGAGAGCUCGACCUCGUCAGUAACUGCUUGUUCAUCCCAUCUCUAACGGCGCUGUUCAUUGCACUAUCCUGGGCUGGAACAAAGUACCCCUGGUCCGAUGGGAAAGUGAUCGGGUUGUUCGUUGUCUUCGGCGUGUUACUGGUCGCCUUCCUCCUCAAUCAGUAUCGACGGGGGGACUCGGCUGCACUCCCAUUCCGUAUCCUUAAAAGCCGCAACGUCAUCGCCGGCUUCAUCUACACAGCGUGCACGAAUUCCAUGACAAACGUCCUGGAGUGGUAUCUCCCAACUUACUACCAAGUUGUCCGAUCUCGGACUCCUGCCGAGAGCGGCUAUCUGAUGAUCCCCAUCCUCGUGGGAAUGAUGCUCGGGCUCUUUCUCCACGGCAUCGGCACCUCCACCUUCGGCUACUACGCCCCCUUCAUGGUCUUCGGCUCCAUCUGCAUGCCCAUUGCCGCAGGCCUGAUGACCACAUACAACCCCCAGCUCUCCCUUGCCCAGGUCAUCCUCUAUUCUGGAUUCGCAGGCUUCAGCGGAGGUAUCGGCUUCCAAGGCUCCCAGACCGCCGUGCAGUCGACACUAAGUUCAGCGGACGUCAACCUGGGCAUUGGGGUCAUCUUGUUCGGGCAGAGUAUGGGGCCGGCGGUGUUCAUCGCCAUUGCCCAGGUGAUAUUUACGAAUCAGCUAUCGUCGACCUUGGAUGAUAUCGUACCGGGUUUGACCCCUGCGUACAUUGAAAGUCAUGGACUCGGUGAUCUUCGGAAAAUGGUCCCCGCGCAGCGGUGGGAUGAAGCUGUGGCUGGCAUCGAUCGGAGCCUGGUUCGGACCUGGUACCUGACUGUCGGACUGGCGUGCACAACCCUGGUGGGAAGUCUCUUGAUCGAAUGGCGCUCGGUGAAGCAGAAGCAGUCGUGA